UACAGGGUGAAGAUACAGGCAAUGUCACACAGCCCUCCUCAUCGUCACGACUAGAAAUUCACCGUAUCUUCUGCAAAACAUUUCUUGACAGCAUUUGGGGAGAAAUAAUAACCGAAGCGCACUGACUGCCGUGUAGAGUUGUUCACCAGCAGUUGCUGUCCAAGGUCCUGAACUCCUCCAGCCCAUGCAAACAGGCAGCUCCUGACACCCGGCUCCAGCACUCUUUCCACCGACGCACAACCUCCAGCCAUGGAUGAGGGUUACAGAGACCGAUCGGCCUUCAUUAAAGGCGCUAAGGACAUUGCCAAAGAGGUCAAAAGGCACGCUGGGAAAAAAGUGGGCCGCCACAUGGACAAGAUGACCGACGAGUACACCAAACGCUCAUAUACUCGCUUUGAAGAAGACGACGAUGAUGACGACUACCCCGUCCAGGCUCAGGACGGCAGCUAUUACCGCAGUAACAGCAGGGCUAAUGAUGAUGAAGGAGCCCACAGUGACUCCACAGAAGGCCACGAUGAAGACGACGAGAUCUACGAAGGCGAGUAUCAGGGAAUCCCUAGAAAUGACUCAGUGGAGAAGGCUGACCGGCAGGUGGGCGCAGUGGGACAGUCUCAGUUUCGGGACAUGACGCAGUAUGAGGGCGAGCGCAGGAAGGACCAGGAGGAGCUGGCGCAGCAGUACGAGACCAUCCUGCAGGAGUGCGGCCACGGACGCUUCCAGUGGACCCUGUACUUUGUGCUGGGUCUGGCCCUCAUGGCGGACGGCGUGGAGAUCUUCGUGGUGGGCUUCGUUCUGCCCAGUGCUGAAAAAGACAUGUGCUUGUCCGAGCCCAACAAAGGGAUGCUGGGUCUGAUCGUGUAUCUGGGGAUGAUGGUGGGAGCGUUUGUGUGGGGGGGACUGGCUGACAGAAUCGGCCGCAGACAGACUCUUCUCAUCUCGCUCUCCAUCAACAGUGUGUUUGCUUUCUUCUCCUCCUUUGUCCAAGGAUACAGCUCUUUCCUCUUCUGUCGUCUGCUCUCCGGUGUGGGAAUUGGCGGCUCGAUCCCCAUCGUGUUCUCCUACUACUCUGAGUUCCUGGCUCAGGAGAAGCGUGGCGAGCACUUGAGUUGGCUCUGCAUGUUCUGGAUGAUCGGAGGAAUCUACGCCGCCGCCAUGGCCUGGGCCAUCAUUCCUCAUUACGGCUGGAGCUUCCAGAUGGGAUCAGCCUACCAGUUUCAUAGCUGGCGAGUGUUUGUUCUGGUGUGUGCAUUUCCAUCCGUUGCUGCUAUUGCCGCUUUGACCACCAUGCCUGAGAGCCCACGCUUCUUCCUGGAGAACGGGAAGCACGACGAAGCUUGGAUGAUUCUGAAGCAGGUUCAUGACACCAACAUGAGGGCUAAGGGAUACCCGGAGAGGGUUUUCUCUGUCACCACCAUUAAGACGGUGAAGCAGAUGGAUGAGUUGGUUGACAUGGGUGGAGAAGCCACAGCCUGGCACCAGCGCUGGAGGAUCAAACUCACCAACCUCUUCCACCAGGUGUGGGGCAACUUCCUGACGGUGUUCAACCCUGAGUACCGCAGGAUCACCUACAUGAUGAUGGCCGUGUGGUUUUCCAUGUCCUUCAGCUACUACGGCUUGACUGUUUGGUUCCCCGAUAUGAUCAAAUAUCUGCAGAAACAGGAGUACUCCUCACGCACAAAGGUCUUCAUCAAAGAGAAAGUGGAGCAUGUGACCUUUAACUUCACGCUGGAAAACCAGAUCCACCGGAAUGGAGAGUACUUUAACAACAAAUUCUUGAAUCUGAGGAUGAAGUCUAUGGUGUUUGAAGACUCUCUGUUUGAGGAGUGCUACUUUGAGGAUAUCACUUCAAGCAACACCUUCUUCAGAAACUGCACCUUCAUCUCCACCCUUUUCUACAACACUGACCUGUUCAAGUACCGGCUGAUCAACAGUAAACUCAUCAACAGCACCUUCCUGCAUAAUAAAGAGGGCUGUAUGCUGGAUUUCAGUGACGAGAACAACGCCUACAUGAUCUAUUUCGUCAGCUUCCUCGGCACGCUUGCUGUCCUGCCUGGGAACAUCGUAUCUGCUUUGCUCAUGGAUAAGAUCGGACGUCUGAGAAUGCUGGCGGGUUCCAGUGUGAUUUCCUGCGUCAGCUGCUUCUUCCUGUCGUUUGGAAACAGUGAAUCCGCCAUGAUUGCUUUGCUCUGUCUAUUCGGGGGCAUCAGCAUUGCGUCAUGGAAUGCCCUGGAUGUACUAACAGUGGAGUUGUACCCAUCGGACAAGAGAACUACAGCCUUCGGUUUUCUAAAUGCCCUGUGUAAGUUAGCCGCGGUUCUGGGCAUCAGCAUCUUCCAGUCGUUUGUGGGCAUCACUAAAGCGGUGCCCAUCCUCUUCGCAUCGGGGGCUUUGGCUGCUGGAAGCUUCUUGGCUCUCAAGCUCCCGGAAACUCGCGGUCAGGUGCUUCAAUAGUGCGGCAUUACAGCUGCGACCCUGUCCGCGAGUGAGUGAGUGAGCCAUGCUGGAAGCGGCCCAAACAAACCCCACACUACUUACAGAUAUCUGCAUUCCUCCAAUAUGUGCAAUUGUGUUACUUUAUUUUCAUUUUGACUUCAUUCAGAUCUACAUGUAUAAAUAGGUUCCCCUGCCGAUGUCUCAUUGUUUCACAGGAAUAUUGGAGACCCUGUGUGUGAGUGUGUUUGUGAAUGUGUGUGUAGAAAAACUGCCAUGUUAAACACAUUCCAGCUUUACGUUAUGGUACUGAUAUUUACCAAAUUCAUUUGGACUUUUCCCUUUAAUCUUCAUUCAAUCCAUCAUGUGAUCUUGAAAACCAUCACUGAGUGAAAUCUGUAGGUACAUAUAUUUGAAUGGACAGUGUUGAUCUAGUGGUGAUGGUUAUUGUCGUUGUCCUCUGUUUCCCAAGAACUCGAUUUACAAAAUGUGUGAUGCCGCAAUAUUGUUUGCAAUAUUGGCUCAAACACACUCCUCACCUUUUACAGUAGAUGUUUUCGAGCAUUAACGCUUAUAUCACAUAUAGACAGUGUGUCAUUGAUUCACUCCGUUUUAGUUUGACUUCAUCUGAAGUGCUUUCAAAAAUGUCGGUGUUGUGCAUGCAGAGAAGCGUGACGAUUCAUAGGAAUAUAUUUGAAGAUCGUGAAUAUAGCUGAUAAAAGUGCUCUGUAUUACUCUAUGACAGUGUUUCUCAACCAUGUUCCUGGAGGACCACCAACACUGCAUGUUUUGGAUGCAUCUCUUGUUUGCAACCCAGGCUCAUUCUGAAUAUGUACCCCUAUAUACAUUUCUGCAGAGUGCAUAAUACGUCCCAGGAGGUAUGUUUUAUUUAGCAGUUUUUGUUUUCGCGAAUACACCAGGGGCCGCUGUGUAUGCUUUUUGAGAUCUCAAAUUUCUCUCGCGAGUGCCAUUUGCACCUGCUCUUCUCAUGUAAAUCCACCAGAGGCCGCUGUUGACUGACCGAUCAACUGACCCGCCCUCCUCCUUGCCUAAAGCCAACCGAUAAUGUUUUCAAAAGCACCAAUUGACCCGCCCACCCAUUUUCCUAACCCCAACCGAUAGUGUUUUCAAAAGCACCAUUUGACCCGCCCACCCAUUUCCCUAACCCCAACCGAUAGUGUUUUCAAAAACACAGACUGACCCGCCAACCAACUUCCCUAAAUCCAACCGAUAGUGUUUUCAAAAGCACUGAUUGACCCGCCAACCAACUUCCCUAAACCCAACCGAUAGUGUUUUCAAAAGCACUGAUUGACCCGCCACCCAACUUACCUAAACCCAACCGAUAGUGUUUUCAAAUGCACCGAUUGACCUGCCCACUUCGCUAAACCCAACCGAUACUGUUGUCAAAAGCACAGAUUGACCUGUACAUCCAUUUCCUAUAAACCCAACCGAUAGUGUUUUCAAAAACACCGACUGACCCGCCAACCAACUUCCCUAAACCCAACCGAUAGUGUUUUCAAAAACACAGACUGUAUCCGCCAACCAACUUCCCUAAACCCAACCGAUAGUGUUUUCAAAUGCACCGAUCGACCCGCCCACUUCGCUAAACCCAACCGAUAGUGUUGUCAAAAGCACAGAUUGACCCGUACAUCCACUUCCUAAAAACCCAACCGAUAGGGUUUCAAAAGCACCAAUUGACCCGCCAACCCACUUCCCUAAACCCAACCGAUAGUGUUUUCAAAAGCACUGAUUGACCCACCCACUUCGCUAAACCCAACCGAUAGUGUUUUCAAAAGCACCAAUUGACCCACCCACUUCACUAAACCCAACCGAUAGUGUUUUCAAAAGCACUGAUUGACCCACCCACUUCGCUAAACCCAACCGAUAGUGUUUUCAAAAGCACUGAUUGACCCGCCAACCAACUUACCUAAACCCAACCGAUAGUGUUUUCAAAUGCACCGAUCGACCCGCCCACUUCGCUAAACCCAACCGAUAGUGUUGUCAAAAGCACAGAUUGACCUGUACAUCCACUUCCUAAAAACCCAACCGAUAGGGUUUCAAAAGCACCAAUUGACCCGCCAACCCACUUCCCUAAACCCAACCGAUAGUGUUUUCAAAAGCACAGAUUGACCCACCCACUUCGCUAAACCCAACCGAUAGUGUUUUCAAAAGCACCAAUUGAACCACCCACUUCGCUAAACCCAACCGAUAGUGUUUUCAAAAGCACUGAUUGACCCACCCACUUCGCUAAACCCAACCGAUAGUGUUUCAAAAGCACCAAUUGACCCACCCACCCACUUCCCUAAACCCAUCCGAUAGUGUUUUCAAAAGCACAGAUUGACCCGUACAUCCACUUCCUAAAAACCCAACCGAUACUGUUUUAAAAAGCACCGAUUGACCCACCCACCCACUUCCCUAAACCCAACCGAUAGUGUUUUCAAAAGCACCA